UUUGUUAUUUUAACAGUAUUUGGUAUUUCUAAUUUACCUACUAAAUGCAUAUAAAACAUAUUUGAUAAAACGGAUAAAAUAGAAAAAUUGCUAUCGUACCACUUUUACUACCCGCUAUAUAUGGGCAUAAAUAAUUAUUACAGUAUUUCCAAAUAUAAAAGUGUGAUACUAAUUGUAUUUAUUAGUUUGAGUAGUUGGUUUUGUUAGUGGUAGUGUUAGGCCAUAGGUGUGCCAGCUUUUUAAUUUCUUUGUAUCAUUAUAUGUGUUUUUGAUAGUGCCAUUAUGUAGGAAUAGGAAAUUGUUGACAUAAUUGAGCACUACAAAUGUUAAAAAAUAAAAAAAAUAAAAAUUUCCUUGGGCCUUUGAUCUCUGUGUUCAUUAAAAUCUGGCAUUGAAGCUUGAUGUGCACUCUAACUCUAGUCUCUAUAUAUAUGAGUGAUUCACCUCUACAACAUCAAAAAAGCAACAAUGAGUGACUCCAUUUCAAGCGAUAGCGGUUCUACUUUUAAGAAGCUAAAGACAGAGGAAGCUCCUUCUCAAAUCUCUAAAUUUGUGACUAUUAAGUUUAUCAAUCAGGAGAAUGAGGAAACGUUUAUGAAGGUGUCGCGCACAAUGAAGCUAGGAAAAGUAUUGGAUGGUUAUUGUCAACACAAACAAUUGAAAGAGCAGAUAGACUUUAUAUACAAUGGUUACCGUAUCAAUCGUUCUUUAACAGCUGACCAGGUUGGCCUUCAGGAUGGAGAUGAGAUUGAAGUCCUAGCCAAAGUUUACGGGGGCGGGUUACCCGUUACCAUUUUGUUAUUGCUGAUGUUGAUUACUCUACUCUACUGCUAACUGUGUAGUCCUUAUAAUUGUUUGCUUUUGCUAGUAGGAGUGAAAAUCAUAUUCCAGAUGUAGUAGUACUGACUUGCUGUAGUAGUAAUUUGUUUUAGUAUAAAUCUCAAGUAUUGGAUGAAAGCAUUAUUGGUCUUGCUAGGAAUUAUGUUCUUGUUACUCUCUAGUCUCUGGUAAUACUAUACAAAUUUUGAG